GUGUUUGUAUGUGUGUAUUCUCCAAUAUAUAAGACACCAGCACAUGUGUGUGUCUCUAGUCCGUCUCGCCAUAAUGUCUCUGAAAGGUUUGGUGACCGUCGUCUUCGUCGGAUGCUGGUUUUUGUGCAUGUUCUGUCUGACAACAGACGCAUAUGGCCCGCUAACCCAUGCCUGCUGCGUCAAGUACACACGCACCCCUCUGGAUUUCAAACUGAUCAAAGGUUUCGCGGAGCAGAGUUCCCGCGAGGUGUGCCGCAUCGACGCCAUCAUAUUUCUUACGAAGCGCAAUAAAAAAGUGUGCGCCAGCGCUCAGGACGAGUGGGUCAAGAACAUCCUGGCACGUUUCAGCUCGAAAAUGAAAAAAAUGUCUCAGCACACUGCUAACCAGGUCAACCAGAACGAGGAUCGGAAUCCCACCACGAGCGCGUGAACGCCUCUUCGCACAACCGCAUCUUCUUCCUAUCGCCCGCAGCAGACUUGUAGAUCUCUUUUUUCUCUUUUUUUAUCUCGAAGAUAAAUGCUAUUUGUGGUAAUCUUUCGAAUAACCUGAUGUAACGAAAACGAUAAAACAAUUGAUGCUCGAACCAGGUUUUCUUGUCUUUUGCUAUGUAGAAUUUCCACUUAUUUAACAUGAAUUUAUGGAAUAAAUAAAUACAUUUUUUAAAUUUUUUUAUUUUAUUUUAUUGUAUUUUAACACCUAACCAACACCUUUUCAAUAAAAAAAUGGAUUCAAUCAGA